CGUUCGUGCCGUCUGGUCGCGCGGAUAACCGGAGGUGGUACACAGUCGAUAGUCACAAGAUUGCAGUUUGCCACAGUUCAAAGCUAUCCUUUUUGGGGGUGUUGUGCAGCUAGAUUUCUCCCAUGCGCUCUCCGCCCCCUCAACCCUGUCAGUCUGAGGGAUACUAUCGUGGAGGGUGAAAGCAGCGGAGCGUACGGAGGAUCAGUGUAGAUCCUUGUUGGUGUAUCUUUCGAGAGCUUACGUUAUUAGCUGAUGGAGACGAACGGUCAUCGGUGGCGAAAGGUCGAUCCGGGGUGCGUGAAACUUCUUCCGUAGGGGAGAGCGGAUUCGUACGCACAAAACAUAACAAGUAGCGCAGGUUCGUGUCGUUUGGGUUAAAUGAAGUGAAGGCAAGCAAAGCGGAUCGAGGCUUGCUUGAAAACAAGCGCUGAAAAUAAGCGUGAAAUGGAUUUACUUACCGCGCUCUCCACCCCUUCUAGUGCCUGUGCCUGUCAGCCUGCUUAGUGGUAAUUCGAUAGGGCAUUGUUAAAGUGUGUUUUUUAUUUCUAUUUAAAGUUUCGGGCUGACUUGGGUGGAAGAAAGGGAGGCAACAAGUGUGGAGGAGGUUCUGGUUCAAAGAGAGCGAAAAAUAAAAACCGCCCGCAGUGGUUGUGCAACGUCUCGCAGUAGAGUGCAUCGAGAAAAAAAAGUAGAAAAAAAUACGUGAAGUAUUUAAACCGGAGCUGAUAAAACAACCGUAGAAAAAAAAUUGUGCGAUUUUCCACGGAUUCGAAACCUCAUCCGAGCAAGCGAAAAAACUUAGUCACUCGGUCACGCGGAAAACGGAAGAAAAAGUGCGGGUUUCCGGGUUAGUGAAGUGCCGUCGUCGUCGUCGUCGUCGACGUUACAAAUCGAAACACAGAAGCCUUGAGUCUGCCUGCACCCAACCCGAAAUCGGAUCUACGUGCUGCUGUAAAUGGAGCACUCUAGAGAGCACCGAUCCGGAUCAUCUAUGGCAGAUUGUUUAGUUCGAGUUGAACAAGGCCACGUCGCAAAGUAGGACGAUACAAAAAAAUUAAAAUCUGCUCCGCCGUCGUCAUAAUUAUUGCUCCUACUGCCAACACUUGUGGGUGAAGUGAAGUGUGUGUAACAUGUGAGAGUCGUUGCGUUCCGCUUGGUGGACGAAAUUUGAGAAAAAGUAGAAGAAAAAAACCGGAAGAAAAGUGUUGAGUGAGAGUCUAUUCGUCGCCCCCAAAGCCAACGGCAGUAACACAUAAGCCGAACCAUAUGAUAGAGGAAAUUGAUUGAAAACAGGCGGAAGCGGAAUUACAUUUUCUACCGUCAUCAUCGGAAAGCGCCCGACAGAGCGAUAAAAAUCUCUUUCAACCCCUUUGUAGCGAGGAAAUUUUUGACAAUCACAUACUGAUUCGUUGACUAGUUGCAGAGUGCAGAGCAGUAGGCGGAUAGUGAAAAAAAAUCGAAAAGUGAAGAAAAGCAAACGUGGUUCUGUGAAUUUAAGCGUGUGUUUGACGGUGUGGGCGCGUGUGUGUUUUUUACUGUCAGGGGCCGUUUGAAUGGCUGCCGCAGAACGACGCUCGUAUCAAUCGUGGAGUCGGUGGGAGAGCAGCCCGGUUUGUGCCGUCGUGAAGUGCCGAAUCCUGGUCGUUGUAAGCUGUGCGGCAGCAGCAGAGCUGCCAGCUGCCACCGUGCUGCCAGUACUGGGGGCCACUAGCACCGGACCGCAAAAUGGCUAGGUCUGCCGUCUGCGGGUGUCGUUCGGUGUUCGGAUUUGUUAUCAGAGCAAAAGCUAUUGCUACAGUAAGUGCAACCAGUGCCAGUAUUGCCGCUGCCGCCGCUUCCAGAACGAGAAUCAGAAGAAGAAAACGAACAAUAGCUGCCGGAAAGACAGCGAACUCGAAACAGUCGUCGUCGGGUAGAAGGAGAUCAGCAGCCGCCGUCAGGAAGCUGGGACUGCGGUUGCCGCCGGCGGUCACAUCCGCCUCCUCGUCAUUGUUGUUCAAUUGCUGUUUGAUUGAAGAUGCCUGCCAGCCGUGUUUAUUAGCUGGACCUAGUCGAUCAACUUCCUCCUUCUCCUCCACGCCGGUACCUCAACUCGGUUUCGAUCAAUCAGGAUCAGUGCCGUGCCGGAGGGUCGUCAUUGUUAACGUACGUUAGUGUGAAAGCAAAAAAAUAAAAACAAAACAAACAAAAGUAGCGAAAGUAGCCAAACCAAAAAAAAAAAAACAGCCAGCAGCCAGCGAACGUCCCAGGAUGAACGCUUCGGAGUGCGACAGUAUGAUCGCCUCGGUCGAGUGGACCGAGCCGAAGAAGAUCCUGCUGCUGGCGAUACUGAUCUUCAUCGAUAUUCUGGUCAUCGUUGGCAACACGCUCGUCGUGGCCGCUGUCACCAGUUCGCAUAAGCUUAGGAGUGUUACCAAUUUUUUCAUCGUUAGUCUAGCCGUUGCCGAUUUGCUAGUCGGAUUAGCUGUAUUGCCGUUUUCGGCCACCUGGGAGGUGUUCAAGGUGUGGAUCUUCGGUGACGUGUGGUGCCGCGUGUGGCUCGCCGUCGACGUCUGGAUGUGCACGGCGUCGAUCCUGAACCUGUGCGCGAUCAGCCUCGACCGCUACGUGGCCGUCACCCGUCCCGUCACCUACCCGAGCAUCAUGUCCACCAGGCGGGCCAAGUCGCUCAUCGCCGGGCUGUGGGUGUUGUCCUUUGUGAUCUGCUUCCCGCCGCUGGUCGGGUGGAAGGAGCAGAAAGUGAAAGAGAACCUAUAUUAUCAGUAUGGAAAUCAAACGCUGGUGUCAGUGACACCGCCGUCAUCGUCCUCCUCAUCGUUAUCGUCUUCGUCAUCCUCGCCCUCAUCACUGUUACUACCAUCAGCAUCAUCAUCGUCAUUUCCAUCAUCAUCACCGUCAUCAUCAGCCACCGCGGCGAGUGCCGUGGAAGUCCUGCUCGGGUCGAUGACAAUGAUGGAAGGUGCGGCGGAAGGACCGUCCGCCCCGAAUCCACCCUGCCCGUGGACAUGCGAAUUGACGAACGACGCCGGAUACGUCGUCUACUCCGCCCUGGGGUCCUUCUACAUCCCGAUGUUCGUCAUGCUGUUCUUCUACUGGCGCAUUUAUCGGGCCGCCGAACGAACCACCCGGGCCAUCAAUCAGGGCUUCAGGACCACCAAAGGAAUCGGCAAUCGGUUCGACGAUAAUCGACUGACGCUGCGGAUCCAUCGUGGCCGGGGUUCGACAACCAGCACCCAUGGUUCCGUAAAUCAUCCACCGCAGCAGCAUCAGCAGUCGCAGCACCUGCAGCACCUCAACAAUCCGCUGCUGCAUGAUUCACCGCACAGCAAUGGCAGUACGCACAGUACGACCACGAGUCUGGGCAGUGCCUCUCCGGAACGACUGUCCCGGUACAUGACUAGAUGUAAAAAUCACGACAAAAUCAAGAUCUCAGUGUCCUACCCGUCGACGGAGAACCUCAACCAGAGGUCCACAGGUGAGGGCAGCAAACUGCUUUACGCGGUUCAUUAUUCUUCGAACGGGGGCAAAGAGCACACAGCAUCGCAGAUCUUCCGACGAUCUUCGAAGGAGCAAAACCAGGGCCAGUAUCUAACGGUCGAAGGACGGGAGCGAAAUCUGUUGUCGCCACGCUCUAGCAAACGGAUGGGUAAGCGAAACAUCAAAGCCCAGGUAAAGCGCUUCCGGAUGGAAACCAAAGCGGCCAAAACGUUGGCCAUCAUCGUGGGGCUGUUCAUCCUCUGCUGGCUGCCCUUCUUCACGAUGUACCUGAUAAGACCGUUCUGCGACGACUGCAUCAACGAACUUCUGUUCUCGAUCGUGUUCUGGAUCGGGUACUGCAACUCGGCCAUCAAUCCGAUGAUCUACGCCCUGUUCUCCAAAGACUUCCGGUUUGCGUUCAAACGUUUGAUCUGUCGAUUCUUCUGCUCGGCAGAGGCGAUUCCACGGCCGACGAGUCGGCGUGGUUCCGAAAUGUCUCAGUUCCGUGGCUAUGGCGGACGAACGCCAAGUAUUUCCCCGUCCGCAGCUGCCCAAUCAAUCGGGGACGACAGCGAUCAGAUGGGUGAUCUAUCCGACAGCAGAUGACGCUCGUUUGCCCCGAGCAUCAGCUCCAACUCUAGUCCCGGGGGUGGUCGACGCAACAGUGCCGGUCUGUCUGCCGGUGGAACUGGUCGGGGACCGGUCUAUGACAUCUGCCAUCCACUGGUGAUGGAAGGUCCAGGUUUCGGGGCGUACGGAAGCACUAGCUGUGGUGGCUCUGGUGGCAGCGGAACUCUCGGCACUGGCAGUGGUAGUGGCAGCAGCAGCCAGCAGCAGCAGAAAUGCGACGAUCCGCUCGGGCUGGUACCGAGUGGAGGCUCGGAAGGUACCGAAACGAACGUUGCCCGGGCGAACAUUUGAUCGUUCUGGAGUCGGCGGUUCAUGCACUUUUGUGAUAGCUCUUAAUGGACGCCACGGCAGAGUCGGAGCGGGAGGGUAAGUGUGAUCCCACUUUGUUCACCAAUGAAAAUCAAACUAUAGCAAAAAUAAUCGCCAAAAAUAAGAAACAUACCGUGAGCCACUGUGAAGACAAGAACACAAAUCGAUACGGGUAAUAAUUUUAUAAACCAGAAACAGAAGAAAGAAACAGUAGCAACAAAUCUAACCACAAAGAUAUGAAGCCUCCUUCCGAAAGGUUGCCAGGAAAUAGAUUUCCCUGAGAGGGAAAACACGUAAACUUUAUCUAGAUCAAAUUAAAAUUAAGAGGUGAUGAAAGUACUACAAAAGACAUAAUCCACUCAAGUGUGUGUGCGGACUUUUACAGCAUUCCAGAUCAAAUGUUUGUUCUACAUCUUUACCUACUUCCUGUCACGUUUUGCACAGAGAGAGAGAGAGAGAGAGAGAUCGACAAAAGUUUUUAUUUAUCCCCGCCCUUAUUUUUGCUGAUUAGACAGGAUUUAUUGUCAGUCGGACCUCGGCUGUCAAUCUCAGCCGCCGGUGGUGGUGGAUUAAAACCGUAAUCAUUUGGAUCGAGACCGGUACGAGAAGCGACAUUCUUUUCUACUUUGUGGACAGCAAACAAACAAAAAAUGUAAAAGGAAAAUGUUACAAGAAUACGUCAAUCAAUGUUCUGUUGGUUUCAAAAUGAGUUGGCAACUGUCGGAGUUCGAACGGUCGGAGUGCUCAAGCUGAGUUCGAGCUCUGUUGUGUUUGCCAAACGCCUGCUCGUAGGCUUCGAUGCUGUGGAUUGUAGCAUGUAUUUUUGUUUUCAAGAGUGGAAGUGGAAUUUUCUUUUUAAGUGUUAUGUGUUUAAUCAUCGAAGUUCAAGAAAAUAUCCGUUACUACUACGAAAGAACAGUUUGAUAAUUAUAUUGCUAUCUAAAAUUUGUGGAAACAAUUUCAGUGUAGGUUCUAGAAGCCGCAUAAAACGACACUCAAGUGUUCAAGAAACUAUUCCAGAUGCCAGAAAGUUGGGUUCCUCAAAUGAUAACAACUAUCAGAAGUUUCAAUCUAAAGAGAUUAGUUUAGAGUUACAUCAACUUUAUUUCGGGAUUUAAAUUCGAUUGUGAUUUGAUUUUGACAUAAAAUUUGGAAUGGAUUUACAACAAUUUAUAAUAACUCGAAUUGCUUUUAGAGAAUUGCCGUUGAUUUUACAUCAUAUUCAAGAGGAAUUUACAGAAACAUUGAAAAAGCUUUAUAUUUAUUUUGUACCUAUUUAAUUUAUCUCUGAUUUAAAACAGAAGAGCUAGGAAAAGGAAAGUUUUUGCCACGUGUCUGGUGGUGAAAGAGCGGUAUUUGUCACAGAUCCUGGAAUUUUUGAGCUCGCGGCACAGCACCAAUGACCGAUGAGUUUUGGUUUAAAUUUAGCUUAUACUUAAAUUGAUAGCAGAUCCAAGGUUUUCAAGGGAUAGAGAUCUAAGAAGAAUCUUAAAUUAACUUGAAAUUAAUAACGAUUGUACAGAGGUGAUUUUGUAAAAAAUACCGAACGGAAAUGUCGGGGCAGGAGGCAAGCCAAAUUAGUUCCUUCAGGACUAUUUUUACCCGCAGCUGAAGAACAAGGAUUGGUGGACUAUAUUCUGGACAUGGAGGUAUUACCACCCGUGAAAUCAGAAGUUGGCGGAGGGAAACGAAAAUGCUCACGUCUUCAAAAAAAAAAAAAAAAGGCUACGAGGCUUUUGUGAGCGACAUCCGGAAUUAUUUUUGCGUGCUCCAGAUGCAUCCUCUGUGGCUCGGUUGCAAGGCUUCAACAAGGUAGCGGUGAACAAUUUUUUUCGACGUUUUGACCAAGACGUUAGCGGAAGGCAACUUUACACCAAGCAAAACGUUCAACGUCAAUGAAUCAUCCGGCCUAACAAUGAUUUGAGCAAUAAUGCAUCUGCAUGGAUCUGAAAAUUUCAUUUCGCCGAUUCCCCUGAGCUCGACUGACCUUUUAACUCAUUUGGCUGGAUUACGGUAACCGAAUUAAACGCCUGGUUUGGUCAUUUCCCUCACCACACACGCCCAACAGCUGAUUCUCCAGUGCUUCUACUGCUUCAUGGACACAGUUCACAUACCAAGAUCCCUGCCUUUAUUGAACGCACUCUACCUGUGACUUUAUCUCUCCAUUGCAGCCAUAAGCUUCAGCCUCUUGACAUAGGUUUUAUGGGACCACCUAGAACUGCUUUUUGAAGCGGGUGGUAAUGCGUCUUGCGAAUUCAAAUCGAUGGAUUGUGAGCCGAGCCCUUCUCAGAGCAGCAAGGCGUUUCUUUCAGAGGUGCUGGAAAUAAAUAUAACAUUACUGUAACAUCUGUAUCAUUACUAGCAAGCUAAUUGGGUUGUUUAGCUAUAUCAGUUUUUUAUAUCAUCUGAAAGAUCUGCAUUUUCUGGGUAAAACGUGAUUUAAAACAAAAAUUCUAUCGUUGUCCUUCGCUUUUUAAAUCAAGAUUUAAAACUGCUCGAAAUCUGCUCGAAAUCGCUACAAUGACAGUUCGCCCAUAUACCAACUGUCAUUGUAGCGAUUUGGAGCAAAUUUUAAUUCUUCAUUUAAAAAUCGAAAGAUAAUGAUAUAAAGUUUAAAAAAAACACUUUUUGCUCAGAAAAUUACACUCUUCCAGAUGAUAUAUAAAAAUCGGGAAUCCGUGAAUAGGUUCUGGCAUCUGCAACAUCUUGAUACUAUUGGACAACGAUCAGAGCAUCGAAAGAAAGCCCGGUUCCGGACGGCCAACGACCCUGAGUGACAAGAAGCUUCAAAGGAUGCUGAAGAGGAAGACCGAGGGAAAAGUGGCUAAAUCGCUGCGUGCACUUGGCCGAGAGGCAGUCCCGUUCACUGGUCUCGGAGCUGCAGGCAAUGACGCAGCGACAGCGGUUGAAUAAGAUGGUCAAGUCGAUUUUCCCGGCGAAUCGCGACGCGACAGUGUUAUUGGACGACUAGACCUAUCUCACCCUGGAUGGCAACGACUAGUAGGGCUCUUCGUAUUUUACCUCCCCCACGAAGGAAGUGAGCACCGAGGUAAAGUUUAUUUCACAGACCAAGUUCCCCAAGAAGGUGCGGCUGUGGCUGACAAUCAGUGAGAAAGGGAUAUCAAAGUUGCUCAUCUUUCGCUCCGGGCUGGCCGUGAACGGGGAAAUUUAUAGUUCGUGUACGAAGUGCCUGACAGAAGUUGCGUCGUUCAUCAAGAAAUACCAUAAGCGCGGAGACACGGUGUUCUGACCAGAUUUGACGUCGGACAACUACUCGAAGCGAUCGUUGGAGAAGAUGGAGCGGCUGAAUAUCGAUGUGGUACCGAAGUCGGCGAAUCCGCCCAAUGUUCCCCACCUGCUUCCCAUCGAGAAUUUCUGGACAAAGUAUAUAUAUAGAAUUAAGGCGAUGUACAGAAGCCAAAAGUCGAGGAUGUUGUCAUUUCGAUAAAACCAAUCAUUUCAAACGAUUUGUUAUUCGACUUUGAUCAUAUCAUAUGACCGAUUCGUCGUGCAUUUUCAGAUUUUAAACACAUUGCAACGAAUCAAUGAAUUUGGAACGUUCAAAUAGUACUAUACAACAUUUAAAAAUGUUGAGGCCACAUAUAUCGAUCAAAGCAGGUGUAGUUUUAAAUAUUUUAAUUUCUUUUCUUUCCAUAACUUUUGAGCAACAUUAAAUUGUAAUGAAGCUUGUUAUCUGUAAGUUCGAGAGAUGACUCGUUCGUAUGACACUAGUAAUGCUCAAAUGAGUCAUGUAAUCUUUGAGAUAAUAGACUUUCGUUGUUUUAUUAACAAUUUAAUACAUAACGGUUGCUUAAGUUCGAUUAUAAUCAAAUGAAAAUAGGGCAGCCUAACUUUGAAACCACGUGUUCAACCAUAAUUCAUCAGUUUCCCUUAAAAUAGCCCGCUUAUCUGAUAAUAAUAUUGAUCAAAUCCGUUGUGUAGUUUCUGAGAUAAUGAAGUUUCGUGAUUUUCACAUUCCGGCACAUUACGUUCAUUUAAAUCAUGUUGAGGCCAUAUAUAUUGAUCGAAGCAGGUAAAGUGUUGAAUAGUCUUUGAAUUUCUUUUCUUUCUAAAACUUUUAAACAGCAUAUCAAAUUGUUAUGAAGUUUGUUAUUUGUAAGUUUGAGAGAUGACUCAUUUGUAUGACACUAGUUAUGUUCAAAUAAGUCGUGUAAUACUUGAGAUAAUAGACUUUCGUUGUUUUACAAAUUAAAACAUAACGCUUGCUUAAGUUUGGUUACAAUCAAAUGAAAAGGUAACGUAUGGGGCAGCCAAACUUUGAAACCACGUGUUCAAUCAUAAAGCAUCAGUUAACCCUUAACUAGCCCGUUCAUCUGAUAUCAAUAUUGUUCAAAUCGGUUGUGUAGUUUCUAAGAUAAUGAAGUUUCGUGAUUUUCACAUUUCGAUACAUUACAGACGAAGUUACAGUCCGAUUACUGCAAAAUUCAAUAGGGUGUCAUGAGGUAGGUAGACCUUUUAUUCGAUACUAAUUCUGUGGAAAUCGGGUCAACCAUCUCUGAGAAAUAUGAGUGAGUCCAAGUAAGUUGUCUUGGAAUAUGUACCUUUUCAUAGCUGGAUUUCACAUUUUUAAACAUAACAGGCGAAGUAAUAAUCCGUUUGUAAAAAAAAAUCAUUAGGGUCUUAUGAGGCAACAAGACCUUUCAUAUGACACUAAUUUUAUAAAAAUCGGGCCAGCCAUCUCUGAGAAACAUGAGUGCGAUUAAAUGGUCUCUAGAACACGUUUCUUUCCAUAACUUUUGAACCACAUGUUCAAUCUUCAUAAAAUUCAAAAGUUAAGGGUUUUUAAGGUAGCUCGUUCAUUUGAAACUAAUUUUGAUCAAAUCAGAUGUGUGGUUUCUGAGAUAUUGAUGUUUCGUGAUUUUUACACUUUGAUACAUAACCUCUAAACUAGAAAUCAGAUUACAAUAAAAUUCAAUAGGGUCUUAUAGGGCAGCUAGACCUUUCAUUUGCAAUUAAUUUCAUUGAUAUCUGUUCGGUCAGACCAUCUCUGAGAAUAGUAAGUGCGAAAAAAGGUGCACAUACACACGUACACACCCACACACGAACAUAUACACCUAUACAUGCUUAUAUGCAGAAAAUGCUCGAUUCGUCUAACUGAGUCGAGUAGUAUAUGACAUUCGGCCAUUUGGAUCACUUUUCUACCUUUUAAUUAGCCAGUGAUCGUUAGGAGGAAGUCAAUAUGUUUACUUUCAUUAUAUGAUUUCACAUUUUCAUGAACAACGGACAAAGUUACAAUCCGAUUGCAAUGAAAUUCAAUAGCAACCUAUGGGGCAACUAGACCUUUCAUUUGACACUGAUUUUGUGAAAAUCGGUUCAGCCAUCUCUGAGAAAAAUGAGUGAGUUUAAACAACCUCAGGAUAACUUUUCUUCACAUAACUUUUGAACCAUAUGUUCAAUUAUUACGAAAUUCAAAAGCUAAGGGUUCUGGAGACAGCCCGAUCAUUUGAAACCAAUUUUCUUAAAAUCGGUUGUGUGGUUUCUGAGAUAUUGAUGCUUCGUGAUUUUUACAUUUUGAUACAUAACCUCUAAACUAAAAAUCCGAUUACAAUGAAAGUCAAUAGCAACCUAUGGCGCAACUAGACCUUUCAUUUGCAAUUAAUUUUAUGAAAAUCGGUCCAGCCAUCUCUGAGAAAAGUGAGUGAGAAAAAAAAGUUGCACAUACAUACACACACACACACAUACACACAUACAUACAUACAUACAGAAAAUGCUCAGUUCGUCGAAAGGGGUCGAGUGGUAUAUGACAUUCGGCCAUUGGGACCACUUUUAUACCUUUGGUUUUUCCAGUGAUUGCUAUUCCUUUCUAGGAGAAAGGCAAAAAUAAAAACUUUUCCUGAAAGAAAAUUUUAAAAAAAUAUUCAAAAGCUAGACAAAUCAUAAAUCCUCACUUUUAGUUACAUUGCCCUCUUCUUUUUAAAAAAAAUUUUGCAUUUUGCGUUUUCAUUUUUCAAAAGAACUGAACUCUGGUACCAGUUAUGUAUUGAUGUGCUAACACCGUAAUGAUCACUCAUUAAAUUUGAAACAAAAAACUUGCAUUUUAAAUUAUUAAAAUGCAUGCAUCAACUUAAUGCCAGAAUAAGAUUAUCUUUCCUGGCCUAAAAUUAGAGAAAUUAAUCACCAUAGCACAUAGCACUAGUAUAACCCAAAAAUCGUUCACAAAUAAUCAAUUCACACCCAGAACGGCAAUCUGUUGAGCAAUGUACACUACAUGUUACAAAACAAUUAUUCUUAGCCUGAAAUAGAGGAAUAUGAUAAGUGAUGACCAAUCAAUCAUUCUAUGCUACUGUGGCACCAGCGUGUUGCAUAGCAUAGCAUAGCAUAUUUGAUCGCCCGUGUGUUGCCCGCGAUUGACCAGAAUCAGCUGAAAUUGUACAAAGAACCGUCAAAAUGGUGCCUAGGAGUAGCAAGCCAUUUUCAGUGUACAAUUCCUGGCGAUCUUUCUUAUCACUGGUCAAUAACGUAGCUGGCCACGCCCAAUGCAGAUCAAUAGAGGAAGGGAUAUCGGGAGUGUUAGUUCAAUACUUGUUGCUACUAGAGACCGAGGAAUCCUCUGCAUCAUCCACAAGUAUCAAAGGAAGGAAUUAGUGUUAGUGGAAAGGAAUUGAUCUGGAUCCAUCGAGGUUGAUGGUGCGAUCUUUUCUACCCCAAUUCGCGCACGACAUGGUUACUUCUCGGUCUCUGGGCAACCGGUCACCAGGAGACGAUAUACAUAGAACCGCGCCACGAUCUAGUUAUCUUCGGCAACCUACCAAUCGUUGUCAGUCUGUAUCACACCAAACUUCGCUUUUAAUGUGAACUUAAUUCAAAUUUACCUAGAAACGAAUGGAUUUCGUAAAACGCAACAACCGCACGCCGAACGCAAACUACUGGUACCAGCUCAAAUAACCGAUAGAGCGCUGUAUUAAGAUAGUCACACUGAGCGCAGUCAAAAUAAUGCGCGCGAAACUGAACUGCCUUCUCCGAAAGCAAACAAGAGCGUGUCGACCACUGGUAUGACGAAAAAGCCAAAACACCCGUUUUAUAAAAAAGAAAAAAAAAAAGGAAAAAAAAGGGAACCGGCGAAACAGGAAUAGAUUUGGCAUCCAUGUAGGGUUUGUCUUUGUCGCGAUUGAAUAAUUACAAUAUUUAUCGAACGAACCUACUCUGAAUCGUAACGUGCUAAAAAAGAACCAACGGGCGUACAGUCUCCGAAAUAAUGAUUUGGUACAUCUCGGAAAUCACAAUAAACCGAUAAUCCUUAAAUGAGCAAAGCUCACCAAGGCCGAAGACACGUUUACACCGGAGCAUUAUGUACGACCGCUUUAUUCCCUCUCACCGACGCAUACGCGAGAGGACACGGUGCUUUGCCCCGAUUACUUUUGUUUUGUAUUCAAGUUAAGAUACCUACUGAGUACAAAAACUGGCAAAGUUUCAUGCACUCAUAGCUCAAAUAUUUAAAAAAAUGCAAUAUGCAUAUCGAACAAGAAUUUUAAGUUGAUUGAUAAAAUGCCAAAGCAAUCGCAAUCAAAAUUUAGUUGCUAUUCCGACCAACAAGAUUUUAAUAAAAAUUGUCUAUGUGUUUCAAUAUUUGGUCAAAAGCUAGAAAAAUCAUAAAACAAGGGUAUAAAACUGGGCCAAAUGUUCGUAACCGUUCGGUCAGGCCGCGAUAAGUUUCUGAAUUAUAUUUCAAUGCUACCAGUUCCGUGUUGUGAGAGCCAGCGUGUACAAAGGUUUAAAGCUCUCACCUAUUGGGGCAAUUCUGAUUCCAGUUACAGUGUGAAAAUUCUAUAAUAGCCACCAACUAAAUGGCGUACAAACUCAUCGCUAGAGGAAUCAUAAGGCAUAACAUACACUCACGAUUAUGAAAGAACAAAAUCAUUUUGUUGAGUCUGAAAAUACCAUAAACUUCAUCUGACUUAAAAAGAAAGCUCCUGGAAAAUGUAUUCACUUAUCUUAGAUAUCGAACAGGAUUAAACAGAUCAAACAUUUCACCAGCGUUUUCUGCCACUCGCACACGGACCGGCAUAAACAAACCAUUUCCUUGUUGAUAAUUGUCGCUCUCUCGUUUCUGCUUCUCAGCAGACCAGACAAAGAAGAAAAGGUUUCACUACUAUUUCACACUGCGAUAGACUCUCAGACACAUUACGCUCUCCGCAUGCACACAACCAUGUCUGAGAAAGAUCAGCAACACAACACUACGACAGCCAUUUUGAGAGCAAUAAAUUGUAAGAACACCGGCAAUAAAGUAUCAAUUUUUUUAUUCGUAAUACACUUUAAACACACUGGACCCUGAACAAAACAUUCUCAACCAUGACUACAACACGAAUUACGCUCUCCACAUAUUUUAAAUCACGACAAAACGCGACAACUCCGGACGCAAUAAACGAAGACAAAAUCCGCUGCAAACGACGGUGGCGUAGUACCAUUCCUUAUGCUAUUUCAGCCAUUUCAUCGAUUAAUCUUCACGGCACUACGAUACACAUCAAGUGAGUAUUUCGCAGCACACACAACACAACACACUUUCCCGAAUAAACUCUUUUCGCGUAACUCUUUUCCUGUAACUUACACGCACUAUCACAUCGAACAAUUUAUUUCCCGAAAAAUCACGCGAGCGAAAAUUUUGACGUCCGAAUCCGGCCAUCACUACUGUGGCACCAGCGUGUUGCUCCUAAAAAAAAAGCUGGUUUGUUUACAUUGAGUGAGAAUGACCUCCCACGAACAUACAGAUUGCAAACAACGGUUUAAAAACCGGUAUGACAAUACCAUUCUUGCACUGGAACAUUACUGCUCUGAGGAUUCGCAGUUCUAAGCUAUUCACCUUUAUUCACUUUCUAAAAACCUAAAGAUAUCCUCUCAUUACCUUUACCAUUAGCAACCGGACAAACCAAAACAUCUAUUUGUACCUUCCGCCAUUCCAAUUGGAAUCAAACGUGUUUCUGACAGCACUCCCUUGCAUCAUUUUUCGCUCUCGCCGCUUACACUCUACUUGAGAGUUAGGUAAUUUCAGUGUUAUUAGAAUAGCUGGUAAUAUUUCAUUUUUAUUUUACAUAUACAGUACCCCUUGAUGUAACAGAUUUUGCUGCAAUGUUAGUUUAUGUUUCACUUCAAGCGUUAUUUUGCCCGUAACGCAUACAAGCCAUUCCAUCUUGAAUCCACCUGAAUUGGUUAGCCAUCUCUUUCUGUACCAUGGUUUCAACUUUUACUUCUUCUUUUUUUAACAAACAAAAAAAACUGAAAUACUGCUGCAAUUAAUCACUUGUGCCCAAAAUUAACACUUCACUCAUGUAGAACACUACAUAUUUCACGAUUUCCUUUACAAAAAUACGAUUUAACACACCGAAAUCAUCACAAAAACACACAAACCAAUUGCCGCGAGAAAAAAAACAGUUGCAACACUAGAGCCUGGUUGCCAGCCUCUCCUCAUGAAUAUGAUUACCAUCAGAAUCUACUCUAUAUGCUUGUGAAUGAAAAACUCGAACACCGUAUUCUCUCCACACGUAUUGGCCGUACCGACAGAGAGAAUUGUCAACAUUACAAUGCACCUAGAGAAACACUACAGCAUAAAUUCACCGAAUGCGAAAGAGUCGUACCAGCUUGGGAGCUUUUACGUUGCAAAACUGAUUCAUUUUUCCGAGGAUGGCGGAGGCUGUCCGCUGCGGAACUAGUUAGACCUCAACUGCUAGGAAUUACAUAUCCACUCAGGAUUCGUAUAUUAAAAUUUGUCAAUAAUUAUAUAUCUUACAUCAACGAACAUAACGAUGAGAUUGAUAUUCAAAAUUUAGAUUUUUUUUUGGAUACCGAAGUUUAAUUAAUGAAUUUUUGUAAAUUAGUAUUAUUAUUUUCUUGACCAAUAAACCGCAUUUUUACAAAAAAAAAAUCUCCCUAAAAGUGUGAAGCAAAAUCUAUUUUUUUCGUUUUAUCGAGAUACACGGUUGAUGUCUUUGGUUAAGUUAUAGGUAAGGCCAAUUCGACCAACUUUGCCGAAGACACGAAAUUCUUAUCUCUUACUCAAAUUGGCUUAGACAAUUUUUAUUAUAAAAAGGCCUGUCAAAACACAUUUUAUUCUAUUUUCUGGACCAUCACUAACAAAGUUGUUAGAAGCAUCAAUAUACACAAUUGUCUGGAAGAUACUUUAUUCGUAUUGUUUAAAAAAACUACUAAAUAUGGCCUAUUUUUUGCCAUAUUCAAAUCUCUGUAUCUUUCUUGGGGGCAGCAUAUGAAAGUAGCAUAAAAGAACUUUCAAACGCUGGUGGUUUCGCUAGUCCACGACUUUCUGCUGAUCAGUUAUAAAAUACUAAUUUUGUAAACUAAGAUAUCACGUAAUAAGUUUGUAUCUAUGGUAACCAUCCCAACAAGCGUGGUUGAAGUAUUUCAGAACACGUAAAUUGCAUAUGCUUGUUUUUGGUUCACCUCGAAGCAACUUGUGCAACUGCGCAUCUGCUGGUAAGUUUGUACACGCGAUAUUAUCUGCCAGCAAGUGUCCACAAUGUAUCAAUGCAUGGGUUGGCCGAAAUCGACCAUUUCAAUGUUUCAAUCGGCCAGCUUGUAGAAGAGGCUCAGGAAGUAACGAAUAUACCUUACGAAUAUGUCAAGUAAUUUUAAAAACUCUAAUUCAACAGAUAUCGAAAAUACAAUACUCAUAAAGCUAUUGGAUAAACUGGCUGCUUGCUUCAUCAUUCGCGGAUGCCCAAAAAUCACGAGAAGGAUGUAAGAGGGUGAUGGAUGAAGAGAACGCUGCGCGGGCGACUAAGAUGUUCAGUGCCACUCAUCAGAACGUGGAAAGACAUCGACAAAAGAAGAUGCAGUGAACCCAAAUCUUCCGGAAGAAAAAGCGCCGCCUGGAGGAGGAGGAGUUUGCAGAGCUUUGCAUUCUCAGGAAACGCGAAAGUUUUAUCAGAAGCUUAACGCAUCCCGCCGAAAUGUGCCGGGAUAAAGAUGGCAGUAAUCUGACGCACGAUCGUUGACUGAAAGGUGGAAGCAGCACUUCGACGAGCACCUGGAUGGCACCCAGGCAGGAGACCAUGGCGGCGGAGAAGAUCGCCGGUGCGACAGCCCCAACGAUAGGCAAAGUUAAAAAAAAAAAAAACAAUAAAUCGGCUGCCAAGGAUGGCCUCGGAGCGGAGCUCAUAAAGAUUGGCCCGGAAAAGCUGGCAAUUUGUUUGCACCGGCUGAUUGCAAGAAUUUGGGAUACAGAACAGCUACCGAAGGAGUUGAAGGAUGGAGUUAUUUGUCCCAUCUACGAGAAAGGCGACAAAUUGGACUGUGGAAACUAUCGUGCGAUCACCGUGCUGAAUGCCGCCUACAAAAUGCUUUCCCAAAUCAUUUUCCGCCGCUUCUCACCCCUAGCUAACAGAUUUGUAGAAUGUUAACAGGCGGCUUCGUGGAAGGACGGUCUACGACCGACCAAAACUUUACCAUACCGCAGAUCCUCCAGAAAUGCCGUGAAUACAGAACCCCCACGCACCACCUAUUCAUCGACUUCAAAGCCGCGUAUGACACUAUCGACCGAGAGAAGCUAUGGAAGGUCAUGGACGAAAACGGUUUUCCGGGGAAGCUGAUUAGACUGAUAAAGGCUACGGUGGAUGGGACGCAGUGCUAUAUGUGGAUUUCGGGUCAAAACGAUUUCGGGUCAAAACUUCAUAUACGCUCCAACAUAGGACCAGAUGUUUUAUACAACCCGAUUUACUUACCACAUAAUCGCCUCGAAAUUUUAAUUGAGAUAUAUUCUCCAAAUUAGAUGUAAUGCAUUGAAUUUUAUCUUGGCUUUAUUUCUCUAUGACAGGGGAUUUUUCCCGGCAGUGUACAUUUUUAUUUCCAUUCGACUGAUUAAUGAAUAUAUUAUUGCCUUUAAAUUGUUUUCGUGCAUGUGAAAACACAUGCCAUCAAAUAUUUAUCGUGAAACCGGCCACGAAUUCCAUCGCAAUUGAUACACGCCGCAGGAAUUCGACAGGAAAUGAAUAUAUAAAUAAAAUUUAAUUCCUCUUAACUAAGGUGAUGAAUAAUUAAAUGCCAUGAUUUAGAGUAUUUUGUUAAAUUAUGCCGCUAUCUAUCAUUAGAUUUUCAAAACAAUGGUGUGGGUUUGUUAUUCUCGUAAACGAAAAUGCUGAUUUCAGAUAUAAUUACAAAAGUUUGCAAUUUUUCCAUUCAAUACGACAUGUUGUUUUAGAAUAAAACCCCGGACGUAUUUAAAAUCUUCGUUACAACCAAUUCUCAUAAUUUGAUCAGGACAUAGCAUAUCAUAACCUAAGUAAACCUAUCAUAGCAUUCGUCUGGCUAUGCUCCGAUCAUCAAGUUUUAUACAAGCCACAAUCAUAACCUACAUGGCGGGGUUGCCAUAACAAAUUCUGUUCAAAAGGAAAUUACAGCUUGAAAAUUUAUCUUAGCUUUAAGAGGGACUAUCAUACAACUCCACGGGUUAUGUAUUUCUGGUUUUAUUUGAUUGUUAUGAAAGUCAAUAUAAAACAAAUUCAUGACCGUUCUUAAAACUGUGUAGCUAAGUUGUAUUAUGGUGGACGAAUGAUGGUUUUUAAAGCCUAUUUGCAGAGCAUAUUUCAUGACUAUCAAAUAAAAUCUACUUACAAUCGAAGGCUUUAAUGCAAGCCAACUUGAAACAAAAACAAAACCAGAAUAAAUUCUUGAAGCAUUCUGAAUGUUACUUGGGUGGGUAGACCAGGUGGAGCGAGAUCUGGCGGAGAGUACACGGUGUCCCAGGGAUUGGAGAGCAGCUAAUAACCGAGUGAAUUGGAGAAACUUUGUUUAUCAGGCUAUGUCAUGACGGAAUGCCAAAUAAAUGAAUAAAUAAAAAAUCAUCGGCAGAAAGUCGUGGACUAGCGAAACCAAUGCAGCUGAACUGUCGAACAGGUCUCCGUCAUGCCUGCUGUCGUGCUCGGACAUCCACUUCUUACGAAAUUACUCAGUAUCCCUGGCAAAAGGUGUCCGCCACGCUGGCGUCGAAAGCUGGUCUCGCAGAAACGGUUAUGUUGAACCUGUUUGAGUUUCGCUUACAAGCGAAAAACUGUAAGUCUUAUUUUUCGAACUCCAGUUGCUUCAAGCUCUGCUGAACGUCAAGAAAGCAUGCCGGCCGAUAUAUCGACCUGGAAUUUCCUUCAAGUUACGCUUGCGGGUCCACAGUUUUAAGUACCAGGAAGAAUUGAUCUUGUCAUCAGAAGUGAAGCCUUCUGGGAAUUAAAUACAGGUAGGAAAUGGGUUUCCUUGGUAAAGUGAAAAGCCAUUUGGAUGGGCUGUCUACGUGCAUUUCCCAGUUCUGCAAUAUUUCCACUUCAAACCAACAGCUAGAGGCUGUACUUGAGAGGUUUCGGGAAAUCGAAACGAUUCCCACUGGUUUUGCACACUCCAUCGAAGAGAAUCGUUGCGCCACAGUCAGCCUCGAACCGUCUGGAAGAUAUAUAGUACGGCUGCCACGAGUUGAAAGUCCUGAAAUCUUUCAGGGGGCUUCUAGGGCUAUUGUAGAAUGCCGUUUUCAUAGUCUGGAGCGUCGAUUGCAACGGGAUCCUGCAGUCAAGGACUCGUAUCACCGCUUUAUGGCUAAGUAUGAACAGCUCGGUCAUGCAGACGGGUUCACUCAAAGAAACGUUACUGGUCGGAUCCGUAGUUCGGCAAGACUUGUCCAUCCUUAGGAGCUUACGGACGAAUUUCAUCGCUCUCUUUGCCGACAUUAAAAAAAUGUACCGGCGAAUUCGGUUCUACAUUGAGGAUCAACAUACGUACCAUACGGCACGGCGAGUGCUUCUUAUCAGGCCACUCUAGCUCUGCAGCAGAUACCAUAGGAUAAUGGACAGUUCCAUCCUGCAACAAGUUAGGGAAGAUUUCUAUGUGGACGAUUUUCUGUCUGGUUCUGUCUGGAAUCUGCUGUAAGACCUCGCAAAGAAGUUUCAUUAAGGCUCAGUACUGCUGGGCUCUCGCUAAAAAGUGGCCAUCGAAUGCCCCCAAGGCUCUUGAGGAUGUCCCGCCAGACGAUCUGGCCAUUCUUCCGUAUCGGAAUCCCCUGGGUCUUUCGACACGAAGGACGUGACGUGAAGACAGAGUGGAAACCUUUUUUUUGCUCGUCACCUGCCAGCGAAGCGUUAAGUGAUUUCGAAACUUUCUUAGCCCUAAUUUAUUUAAGAAGAGAGGGCCAGAGGGCUCCCCCAUAAUAUCUGUCCCAGCACCUAAAUCCGGCCCUGGUUCAGUUGUCAUUGCCCCCUGGUUGUUUCUAAUGACAAACGGCAUCCAAGCACGUAGAUCCGCAACUCCUGCUAGCCACUCUCCGCCAGAAGCUUUGGAUUUUGGGCGGGAGAAAUUCGGUAAAACCUGUCUUCCACCAAUGCCACACUUGUUUUCGCAGCAAGCUCACGAUUGUCCAGCCGAGCCAGCAGAUUUACCCCCGUCGCGAGAGUCACCAACACAACCGUUUUUUGUCUGCGGAACCAGUUACUGCAGUCCGCAACCGAGGCCCUGCGAAGGUGUAGGUGGCCAACUUCGUCUGCUUCUUUACAAAGGCUGUUCACAUCGAGCUUGCGAUUGCCCUGUCUACACCAGCGUUUCUAGCAGCACUUCGUCGUUUACCACAUUCCUCAACAUCAAACAUUGAAAAACAGUUCUUUUCAGGACCACCAGAAAUAUCAUUGAAACGUUUGUUGCGAAAAAUGUAAAUUUUUCUUGAAUCUACCAAAUCUUAGAAUCAGUUAUGAAAAAAAAUGUCAAAGUAGCCAAAGAAGCCAUUUGAUACCAUUUCCAGACAGUUAAAAGAUAGUUUUGAGACAAAUAAUAACAAAACUGUGCAAAUUUAUUACAAUUUUAGCACAAAAUGGUUGACUUUGAGACAAUUUUAACUAGUCUCAGGUCAUUUUAGCUAAAUUUGAGAUAAAUUAGAAACACUUUCGAGUAAUUUCUGAGACAUUUUUCAAACAAGUUUCUGAUAUUUUCAUAUAAUUUAACUACAAUUUUAACCCGUUUAAAAUAAUUUGUACUUUUUUUGAAAUCAAUUUAAAACAGUUUUCUGACAAUUUUGGGAUAGUUUCAUACAAUUUUCGGAAUUAUUCUCAUACAACACAAUUUGAAAAAGAGUCUUUAGACAGUGUCCAGACAUUUUACAGUAAAAUUUCGAUCUAAUUUCGAGUCAAUGUUGAUUUGAACAAGUUUGUGAUAUGUUGUACUUGUUUUAAUCGAUUCCCCUACACUUUGAUUUCAUUCCUCCAAAAUGCAAACAAAACUUCGAUCCAAUUUAAUUUGCGUCCUAAAUAAUCAACAUGUGUGUCACUGUUUAACCGAUUGAUUUGUUGGAGCCAAUUCCAAAUUCAUUUGAAUUCGUGUUUGCUCGCAUGCAAAAAAAAGAGGAUCCCGUAGCUGUAAAUCAACCGCUCGAAAGCACAAAAAUUCCAGUUCAAUGGAAUUCCAUCUAUUUGUUCACGCCUUUCAUCGCACCCGUCCAUCAAAAAUCGGCAUCAUCAAAGCAAUCCGGACGGGAUCGAAUGUGGAUGUGCGCAAAUGAAUAAAAAAGCCAGCUUUUUUCUCUCUCUCUACUCUUACUAGCCUACUACUCUAUCCCAUCUGUUCUAUAUUGCUAUUUAUUCGCGCGUUAAGCAUUUCAUCCAAUCGAACCUAAUUGGGUGGGGGCCCACAAAAGGCUGCAAAUAUUGCAUAAUUUCCGGAUGCAACAAUUGAAUCGGUUUCAAUUGUGGUCGGAUUUAUAUUUUAUUUCUCUCUCUCUCUCUCUCUCUCUCUCUCUCUUCGUGUGUGACUAGUAGGACAGUUUCAGCGCACGUGUGUGCUUUUUUUGUUAUAAAUUUCUCCCAUUGUCGACAAAGAUUGAAUGCGAAAAAAAAGUGUGGAUAAAACUAACUAAAGGAUCACCAAACUUCUAGCAUUAUAAGUAAGGCAAUUCAGUAGUAUGUAGAUGAGCAACAAAAAAAAAACUAAUAAGUGUUGAAUCGACAAAUACCACAAGCCUAAAGAGUUUCCAACUUGUUGACUUCUAAUCGGUGUACCAAGAUUCUCGCCUAUCUUUACUCCCCGUGAACGAAUUUGUCCGUUGUACUCUCUUGUACCCCCUCAAAUAGUAAAAUGUUAGAGAAAAAAAAAAACAAAACAA